UCCGGCGCGAAUCGUCCUUUCCCGUCGUGGCGUCACGCCAAGUUCUAGAUGGAUGUCGCUGAUCCGCAUUAUUGUGUCAGCGAUUUACGUCGUCGCGCAGGUGUUCCUCGCUCGUCCAUCCCUUGUGGAAGGACGACAAGCGAGGAAUCUGUUACCGGGACAAUCAUCGGGUCAUCAUCACGGUACGCAGGAUGCAUCAUUAUCGGACAGUUACAAUAACAAUUCCGAAUUACCCCGAUUCGCCGAGGAAAUCCAAAACGUGACAGUAAGCGUGGGACGUGAUGCCUUACUGGCUUGCGUAGUGGAUAACCUACGACAUUAUAAGGUGGCAUGGGUGCGCGUCGACACGCAAACUAUACUGUCGAUUCAUCAGAACGUAAUUACCCAGAAUCCCCGAAUCACGUUAUCGUUCAAUGAUCAUCGUUCAUGGUAUCUUCAUAUAAAGGAAGUUCAAGAAGUUGAUCGCGGAUGGUACAUGUGCCAGGUGAAUACGGAUCCAAUGAAGAGUCGUCAAGGUUACGUACAAGUUGUAGUACCUCCGUCAAUUAUUACCAAAGAGACCAGCACUGACAUGGUGGUCCGCGAAGCUUCCAAUGUGACAUUGACGUGCAAAGCGACCGGAUAUCCGGAGCCUUACGUCAUGUGGCGACGGGAGGAUGGUCAGAACAUAAAUUAUAAUGGCGAGAGUGUGAAUGUCGUGGAUGGCGAAGUGCUGCAUAUCGUGAAGAUAAGCCGUCUUCACAUGGGAGCUUAUUUAUGCAUAGCUUCAAACGGCGUUCCGCCAUCGGUGAGCAAGCGCGUCUCGCUACGUGUGCAAUUUCCACCCAUGCUCUCUAUACCAAAUCAGUUGGAAGGAGCGUAUAUUGGACAAGACGUUACCCUCGAGUGUCAUACUGAAGCUUACCCGAACUCGAUAAAUUAUUGGACAACCGAACGCGGCGACAUGAUAGUCUCUGGCAAUUCUGUUUCAGGCGACAAGUACGAUGCGGUAGCCACCGACAGUGGUUACAACAGGUACAUGAUACUGAAGAUAAGGAACGUCGGUCCGAAAGAUUUUGGUUCGUAUAAAUGCAUCGCACAAAAUUCUCUUGGCGGAACGGAUGGUGUCAUCAAAUUAGAUGAAAUCCCAGCUCCGUCGACAACAACUACAACACAGCAGCCAUACGAUGCAACGUCAGCUCACAAGAAUGGUAGAAACAGUAACAAGAAAUCACGACAAAAUCAACGACCUUUCGACUACGAGGUCGAGGAAUGGCGAAAUCCAGACUACGAUAGGGAUUUCGGCCCAGCAUCGAUGAGGCCACCGGGUGAGCUGCCGGACGUCCAGAGCUCGGGUAUGUCCCAUCGUGUGCCGCUCAUCCUUCUCAUUUCGAGCCUUCUGUCAUUGCUGGUAUCGGCCAUCCGAAGGUGAUUCUUACGUCGCAGGAACGGGGCUUCCAGUUCUAGUGUUUAUUGGUCGGCAUCCGGGCCGGCGACAGCUGGUGCGCGCGUGGUUCCGGUGUGCCAUCAGGCAAAUGACGGACGAAUACUAACCGCGUCGCGCUUGAAAUUAUUUUCGUACUAAAAGUAAACUUAUACAAAGAGAAAAAA